AUGGAGUACCCCUAUGCAUCUAUAAUCAUGGUGAAUGGGAUUGACAAGCCAGUUAGUGCCAAGGCGAGGAGCGAUGUCAUGGUUGUUUUAAGAGUUAGGAAUGAUUCGACAGCUUUAGGUGACCACAUAAAGGUUAGGGUUUUUAGUGGGGUUCCAAUGGUUGUGUAUCCUCGCACUAAUCAUUGCUCAAACCCUGUCAAAUCAAGAAAGACAUGUAAAGUUGUUAAAAAGGUAGGUGUCAUCUAUGCUUGUGUCUAUGUUGGAUUGGUAAUGGAAUAUCAUGGUGUGAAGGGAGCAGACAAAGUUUUGUGCAUAAGUGUGGUGAGUGUGUUGGAAGAGAACUACAAGGAGAUGGGAUCCCACGUGCGCGAUUUGCUUACUUUUGUGGUUGAAGGAGAUCUACGAUGGAAAAAGUCUAUAAUAAUGGCCCAACUCCAAACAGUUGUCUGCUAUCUCGUUUCGAGUCUGAUCGACUCAUCGAAGAUCAAUCGUGAACUCUUGGUUCACGAAUCAAGCAAUCGAGAUAGUUUAUCCGGAUUACUGUUUGAAAAUCGAAGAACAAUAAAGAUGCCUAAGGAAAGAAGAGACCGAUCCGUCUCCAUCGACAGGUCUUGGACAUCUCCAUACGUCUGCAACACCAGUCACUCAAAACGAUCACUCUCCAAAAACCCAUUAGAAUCCGAAAACAUAAAAGAAUGGGAAGAAGCUCGAUGCCCAGUAUGUAUGGAACACCCACACAACGCCAUCCUCCUCCUCUGUUCUUCCCAUGAAAAAGGUUGUCGACCAUUCAUGUGUGACACAAGCUAUCGCCAUUCCAAUUGCUUCGACCAAUUCCAGAAAGCAUCUUCUGAAUCAAUCGAAACAACACCAACACCUACACCAACAUCAACACAAACACCUGUCACAACACUAACCUGCCCGCUAUGUCGCGGGCAGGUGACCGGAUGGAUAGUGGUGGAAGCUGCCCGAGGAUUCAUGAAUGGAAAAACCCGAAGCUGUGCUAGUGAAACAUGUGAAUUUUCAGGGACAUAUGCUGACCUGAGAAAGCACGCGAGGCUGGAUCACCCGUUGGUGAGACCAUCAGAAGCUGAUCCAGAUAGGCAAAGGGAUUGGAGGAGGUUAGAAAGACAAAGAGACAUGGGAGAUUUAUUGAGCACUCUUCAAUCUUCUAUAGCUGAUGAAAAUGGUGAAAAUCUUGAAAAUGGUGUAACAGGAAAUGGUGGUGCUACUACUGCUUUAUCUUUUGAUGAAGACAAGUGUCAUUGUGAAGAGAGAGAGAGAGAGAGAAGAAUCUUUGGCUUGUUCUUUUAUAUGGACAUGGAGUUUGGAGAUUUGUAAGAGAGAGAGAGAGAGAGAGAGAGGAGGGAGGAAGAAAUUUGAAACUGUAAUUUUAACUUGAAACUUAUAUGAUUUGUUUAUA